AUGGUAGAAGAUGAAAAGAAAGAACCUAAACAAACUGAAAAUAAAACGUGGAUUGUAGUAAAAAGUGUUUUGGCAAAUGAGGUAUUUUGGGGAAUAGUGGCAUUAUUAUGUUGUAUAUUUGUUAUAUUCGUUAUUUGGUUAGUGGAACGACCGAUUAAUUGGAAAGCAUUUUUGGAUCCUAUACACGAGCAACAUGCAUUUAUAAUUAUUGCAGGAAUAUUUGCCUGUAUAUCGUCUAGCAUGACACUAUAUCAAGUUCUUGACCAUUAUCGACACUACGUUCAUAAACCAUCACAAAAACGUAUUAUUAGAAUAUUAUUUAUGGUACCUAUUUAUGCAUUAACAGCAUGGUUUGCAAUUGCAUUUAUGGAGUCAGCACUAUACAUGGAUUUUGCUGAAUCAUGUUACGAAGCCUACGUUAUUUAUUGUUUUGUAAUUUUGUUAACAAAGUAUUUAGGUGGCCAUCGAGGUGUUGUAGCAGUAAUAUGUCAAAAAGAAAAAUUUAAAUUAGUUUUUCCACUUUGUUGUUUACCACCUGUUAAUGCAACACCCAAAUGGGUAUGGUAUAUUAAAUGGGGUAUAUUGCAGUAUACUUGGUUAGCGCCAGUGACAACUGGUGUUGCUGUAGUCGCUAAUCAAGUCGGUGCUUAUGAUGUUGGGCACUGGUCAUUUACAAAUGUUUAUCCUUAUGUAGCAAUAAUUCGAAAUGUUAGUCAAGCUAUUGCAUUAUAUUUUUUAGUUUUACUGUAUACGGUAACAAAGGACGAAUUGAAACCAUUUAAACCUUUACCAAAAUUUCUUGCCAUUAAAUUUAUUGUCUUUUUCGUAUUCUGGCAAUCUGUUCUUAUAUCAGGAUUGGCAUUCAUUAAAAUAAUAAAAGUGUUACCAUGUGAUGCAGCGACAAAUCCGAAUUGUAAAGUAACAGUAACUGGUUUAAGUAUUGAACAACAAAAAAUUUUAAUGCAAAAUAUCUUAAUUUGUAUUGAAAUGUUUUUCUUUGCAAUAGCUCAUCAUUGGAUUUUCGGUGUGGAUUCUUAUGCUGAUGGAUCAUUAACAAAACUUAUGGAAUCAAGAUAUGUACAAAUUAAUGAUAAGCAUGAUGAAGAAGCAGAAGCAGAAGCAGUCGAUGACAAAGUACCACUUAAAACAUUUUUCUGA